CGUGUGAGUGUGAUGCAUCAUCGUAACCAUCGCCUUCCAGAAGUGGUCCAACUGAGCAAUCAAAAACCAAAACCACACAACUAUUCAGUUACAAUCCCUAACGUUUUCUCCUACUCCUCUCUCUCUUCUUCUCCCUUUUAAGCAUUCCUCUCUCUCCAACCUUCACUCUCCCAUCUCCUUGUGUUUGUUAAAUUUCUUCCCAUUCCCAUCCCACCCACAAUCCGUUUGAUAAAAUUUCCUCAAGAAAACUAGAUUGACGUUUGGUUUCUCGUUUUCAAGAAAUAUAGGCAAAAUGGCACUCAGAGUCAGCUUUGUUCCCCACAGGAUCCCUGCUUUUCCUGCUUCUCAGCUCAGAUCUCACAGAGUUUCCAUGGCUUCGACUCUUCAUUCUCCCUCUGCAGAGGUUGGAAAUGUUAGAAAGCCUUUCAGUCCACCGCGAGAAGUGCACGUCCAAGUGACCCAUUCCAUGCCGCCAGAGAAGCAGGAGAUCUUUAAUUCGCUGCAUGAUUGGGCUGAAGAGAACAUCUUGGUGCUCCUUAAGGAUGUUGAGAAGUGUUGGCAGCCGUCUGACUUUCUGCCCAAUCCAUCAUCACCAGGCUUCCAUGAUCAGGUCAAGGAACUGAGGGAAAGAUCCAUGGAACUUCCAGAGGACUAUUUUGUUGUUUUGGUCGGAGAUAUGAUUACAGAGGAAGCACUUCCAACUUAUCAGACUAUGAUCAACACGCUAGACGCAGUCCGAGAUGAGACAGGUGCUAGCCUCACUCCAUGGGCUAUUUGGACUCGGGCAUGGACUGCUGAAGAGAAUAGGCACGGUGACCUUCUGAACAAAUAUCUUUAUCUUUCUGGACGUGUUGACAUGAAGCAAAUUGAAAAAACAAUACAAUACCUGAUUGGUUCGGGAAUGGAUCCUCGUACAGAGAACAACCCCUAUCUAGGAUUUAUCUACACUUCAUUUCAGGAGAGGGCAACGUUCAUUUCUCAUGGGAACACAGCCAGGCUUGCCAAGGAUCACGGGGACUACAAAUUAGCUCAAAUAUGUGGCACCAUAGCAGCAGACGAGAAGCGCCACGAGACGGCCUAUACCAAAAUUGUGGAAAAGCUCUUUGAAAUCGACCCUGAUGACACAGUAUUGUCUCUUGCUGACAUGAUGAGGAAGAAAAUCUCCAUGCCUGCUCACCUGAUGUAUGAUGGCAAGGACGACAAUCUGUUUGAACACUUCUCAGCUGUGGCACAACGGCUGGGAGUCUACACUGCUAAGGACUAUGCCGAUAUAUUGGAAUUCUUAGUAGCAAGAUGGGAGGUGGAGAAGUUGACAGGUCUUUCCAGUGAGGGCCGGAAAGCACAGGAUUACGUGUGUGGUUUGCCACCUAGAAUUAGACGGCUGGAGGAGAGAGCACAAGCCAGGGCAAAGAAGAGGUCGGCUAUUCCCUUCAGCUGGAUUUAUGGUGGCAAAAUCAUGAUUUGAUUACUGGGAAACAUCAGAAAGGUUGGCAUGUUUUCGUCUCGUCUCCAUCAUGAAUAUGAGUUGGAAAAAGAAUUCAAAUGGGAUCUUUCUUUCCUUCUCUUUUCUCUCUGUUUUGAGGAGUUGGUUUGAUGUUCCAACGUCGUAGGAGUGUAGGAAUUGUGUUGAGUAAAAUUUUGCCUGAGCAACAAAAGACAAUCUGCAGUUACAUAGUGUUCCCUUUUGUUUCAUGAUUUCGAUCUUCUUGAUCUUCACCUCGUUUUUGAAUUAGUACUUGAUGCUUUGACUUGGGAUGGAAAUGGUUUGCAAAUUUUGAAUCUA